ACGGAUCGCCGGAACGGUCAGGCAUUUUCUCCCGAGCGAAUCUUGUAAAAUCGCGUCGGGUUAACGCGAGGCCGGAGCCGGAGCUGCGAACGCCGAUCGCCGCCGAAGCCCGCUCGAGUCGAUCUCGGCCUGAGAGCCGCCGCCCGAACCGCCAUGGCUGAUCCUGAACUAGAAGCAAUUAGACAGAGAAGAAUGCAGGAGCUUAUGGCUCAACGUGAGAUGGGAAAUCAGAAUAACUCCGAACAGCAGAAUGCCCAGGAUGAAGCAAAGAGGGAGGCAGAUGAAAGAAGGCAAAUGAUGCUUAGUCAAAUUUUGUCAUCUGAAGCACGAGAAAGACUUGCUAGAAUUGCAUUGGUGAAGCCUGAGAAGGCCAGAGGUGUUGAAGAUGUCGUACUGCGUGCUGCUCAAAUGGGUCAGAUAGUUGAGAAGGUUUCUGAAGAGAGACUCAUAUCACUGCUGGAACAGAUUAAUACCCAGACAACUAAGCAGACAAAAGUCACUAUCCAGAGGCGUCGUAAUGUCCUCGAGGACGAUGAUUAGCGGAAAUCUGAAAAAAUCAAGUUCUUGCCUGUACCGUGUGAUUAAUUUGAUUUCGAGACUUUUGCCUUACCUGUAAUGAUCUAGCCGGUUGAAUUUUAAAUACGUUCCCUCCUGCAGUUCGAAUUGACUUCAAUACGAUGAGUACUAUAGAUGAGUGUUAAUAUUCUCUUAUUAUUCCCUCCCACGAAUGUUUAAGGAAGCACAAUAUAGGAGUCUAUAAUGGUCUUCGAAGUAAUGAAAGCUGUGUUACCAUAAUUAUGCAA